AUGAAUCAUCUACCAUCAAACCUCUUGCCCAAUGAAGCAAACCCCGAGUGGAUGAACAAGGGUGACAACACGUGGCAGCUAACAGCAGCUACUCUGGUGGGGCUGCAAAGUGUUCCGGGGCUUGUAAUCCUCUAUGGCAGCAUAGUGAAGAAGAAAUGGGCAUUGAACUCAGCAUUCAUGGCCCUUUAUGCAUUUGCAGCGGUUCUGGUUUGUUGGAUAGGUUGGUGCUAUCAAAUGUCUUUUGGUGAGAGGAUCUUUCCAUUCUUGGGACGUCCAAACAUGGUCUUGGAAGAGAAAUUCCUUCUGCGCCAAGCUUUUGCAGGGAACUUUCCAAAUGCCACCAUGGUGUACUUCCAAUUGGUUUUUGCUGCCAUCACGUUGAUUCUCAUAGCUGGGGCUUUGCUAGGGAGAAUGAACUUUCAUGCAUGGAUGUUGUUUGUUCCACUUUGGGUCACUUUCUCUUACACAAUAUGUGCAUUCAGUAUUUGGAGCAAAGAUGGAUGGUUAUUCAAGAUGGGUCUCAUUGAUUAUUCUGGUGGCUUUGUUAUUCACCUUUCUUCUGGGAUUGCUGGUUUCACCGCAGCAUGCUGGGUGGGACCAAGGGCAAUAAAGGAUAGAGAGAGGUUCCCUCCAAACAACAUACUUCUAAUGCUGCUUGGGGCUGGCCUACUAUGGAUGGGAUGGACUGGAUUCAACGGUGGAGAUCCUUACACAGUCAGCAUAGAUGCAUCUCUAGCCGUCCUUAACACCCACGUAUGCACUGCCAUGAGCUUGCUGACUUGGCUUUUCCUUGACAUCCUCUUUUUUGGAAAGCCUUCUGUGAUUGGUGCCACUCAGGGCAUGAUCACUGGCUUGGUUUGCAUCACCCCUGCUGCCGGUGUGGUGCAAGGCUGGGCAGCAAUCUUAAUGGGAAUGUUAUCUGGAAGCAUACCAUGGUACACAAUGAUGGUCCUGCACAAAGAAAUUAGGCUCCUCAAACAGGUGGAUGAUACCAUGGCAAUUUUCCACACCCAUGCAGUGGCUGGUUGCUUAGGUGGCAUUCUUGCUGGCUUCUUUGCAGACCCUAAGCUUUGUCGUCUCUUCUAUCAGGUACCUGAUUGGGAGCACUAUACGGGACUUGCUUAUGGCAUCCUUACAGGGAGGGCCAAGGCAGGGUUCAAGCAAAUGGGGGUUCAGCUCCUUGGCAUUGUGUUUGUGAUAUUGCUCAAUGUCACCACAACUACCAUUGUUUGUUUGUUGGUUAGGAUUGUUGUCCCACUGAGGCUUCCUGAAGAUGACUUGCAAAUUGGGGAUGAUGCUGUUCAUGGUGAAGUUGCCUAUGCAUUGUGGGGUGAUGGAGAGAAACUUGAGACUGCCAAUGAGACUUUGGCUUUUGAAAGGAAUUAUGAAUGGCCAAUUGUAAAGAGUUCGAGUGAAGUUCAAUUGGAAUGA